GUUACAAAAUGCAAGCCACACCCGACAACAGUCAACAACCAGCAAAGAUUCAAUUCUUUUAGUUUUUGAAUAUAAUUUAUACGAUUGUUUGUAUUACAUCUUCCACUCAACCUGCAAAUUGAUGUGUUUUAGAAGUUGUAUUCAGAUAAUAUAAAUUAAUGGCAAAGCUCGAUCUAUUACUUUUGUAAGAUAUUAUGUGAAUCUUUAUUUUUUAUUUAGAGUAUACGACGCAGUAUUGAAUUAAACUAUUCCAUUUCUCAUUAUUCUUACAAAUAAAACAAUUCAGUUCAUUUUAUUAACACUAUAAAACAAUGUUACGAAUGAAAAUAAUAGGUGUGUUAGCUUUGUUUCAAUUGUUUAUGUUUGUUUAUAAAGUGAAUGCCUUAGAAUGUUAUGUGUGUGACAACCAAGAGGAUAACUCGGAAAAAUGUGUAAAGACUAUCAUGACAUGUGAAUAUAAUCAAGAUGUAUGCCUUACUGAAAUAAAAUGGGGAAGCACUCCAUAUUGGUCACAAGGAGCUAAAAAACAAUAUUAUGUAUCAAAGAGAUGUUCUAAUAAAACAGAUUGUGCUAUGACCCGCCAACAUUAUAUGCCGCUGUGUACUCAUAUUUGGUACCAAGAUUGGACUUGUUCAGAUUGCUGCCAAGGGGACAGGUGUAAUUAUUACAUUAUUAGCGGUCAGUCAGCUAUAAAACCUGCACUAGCAGUGUUUUUUGGAACAGCAGCAGCUGUUGCUUGGUUUUUUAGAACUAUUUAUAAUUGACACAAGACAUUAUUUUGUAAACAUUCCUAAUAUAGUUAAAAUGUAACAAUCAAAUUAAUGUUAUUUUGUAUUCAGGGCAUAAUACAAUAUAUUUAUAUUUGACUACCAAAAUUUUAUAUACACUUUUGAAUGAUAAGUAACUUUCAAUUUAUGACAAUACUGAUGGCAAAGUUCCUCGUUCUCUUUUAAUCAUUUUAAUAAUUUUAAUAGAAAUUAAAGUAAGGAACUUAAUUUACAGCACUGUACUUACUGUUCUUUGGACCAUAGUAUUCAAGCUCGACUAUAGAUUGUCUUUAAUCCGUCCAAUGUCUAUAAUAAGACAUGAUUAUAUUAUUUUUACAUUACUAGAUUAAGUUAUUGUUUUUACUGUCUUAAAUCCGUCCAUAAAAAGACUAUUAUUAUUAUAUAUUUUUAUUAUUAUAAGUAAUUAUUUUGUACUACUUUCUUAGGAAUAUAAAUCAUAUUUUUAAA